UUCUCUAAACGCUUCACUUAGCAACCAAACAACACAAAAAUGACCAAAUUAAUCAUUGUCCUGUGCGCUUUCAUUGCCUGCGCUGCCGCUAAGCCACAACUAUUUGCUGCCCCAUUGGCUGCUGCUCCUGUUGUUGCCUCUUAUCCAGCCGCCUACGCUGCUGCGCCUAUCGCCUACGCUAAUGCACAUUUGGAUGCCGCUUACUCCAGCAGCUCGAUUGAUGUGAGACAAAACUAUGGCGCUGCUUUUGUGCCC